AUGUCAGUUAAUUUAGCAGAUACCAAAGCAACAACAAUUAGUGAAACAUUCAUUUCAGAAAUAAAGGAAACAUACUUUGUUCGAAAUUCAGAAAAUAAAUGUCCAAAGGGUAAACUUUAUUCUAAGUAUUUCAACAAAAUGAGGAAUUUAAAAAAUCAUGGUUUAGUUCCUCAAGGUAUAUGCAAAAAGGGCAAAAAUAGCAACAACAAUCUCACCAGAGUUUCUGCAGAGUUGGAUGAUGAACUAAUAGUAGAAGAAGAUGCUGUUUCCUUAAUAAGUCACCAAAAACAUAACGAUUUGUCAUGGCCAGAUGUUGAAAGUGCUUGGAGGCAAACAGCAGUAUACAGGUUAAAAGCAUUGAAAAAUGCUAAUUUUUCAUAUACGGAAAUCCAAACUACUUGA